AUGCUUGUGGAAUCUCAAACACCAGAUUCCAUUAACAGGAAAAAGAUGGUUGUUGUGAUCAGGAAUGCUGAUGCGAAACGGAAGGUAUUGGGUUCUUCUUCGAAUUUCAGGAACCUUGUUAAGAACGUUGCUAGAAGCAGUACAAUGAAGAAUCUAUUCAAACCCAAAAAACCUCGAACCCCUGUCGAUGUUAUACAAGAAACCAGGGCCAUACAUGAAAUGAUACUGGAAUUUGUAUGGAUGACCGUGCAUGAUCGUGAACUAGACCUCUUGGAAGAUGUGCAGCUACACUGGAAAUAUGUAGACCCUGGAAAGUGGGCAACGACUGUUGAUGGGGGAGCUCGCUUCAGUUCCUAUGUGGUGUUGCUCAUGCUUAUAUUUAAUUGUGUUGCAAUUCUUUGUCAAUAUCUCUCAGCUUGUAUUGCCGUGGUCACUGGCAAAGAUCUUGCUCAGAUAUUGGGGAAUGAGGAGUCGACUAAUACUUAUACAUGA